ACAGUGUCGUCGGAGCGGCACAGUGCACAGCACCGCUGACAGCUGAAGAGGACGGGGUCGGGGCAGUUAACUGAUCAAUUUCGGUUGGUGGCUCGGUCUUCGGUUGGCCUAUAUUCACUGCUCAGCACUGCGGGAGGGCAUAUACUUUAUGAAUCCGAUAACAAGACUCUUCUGGGACCAUGCCGAAAUUAUCCGAAGCGACACUUCGCCUCUGUUUGUUGACUUUGUUGGAGUCAACUGUUUUCUUGGGAACUUCCAGCAGCAACGGUUUUGAUGAGGAUGCUUUCACCAUCCAGCACUCAAGCACAGGGAAGUGCCUGGGUACAGGGGCUUCCACAGACCUGAACCUCACCACCUGUGACCCAAACAGCAGAUCCCAGCUGUGGAAGUUGGGUUCGGGUCAACAGCUCUUCCACGUGGCAACGUCCUCCUGCUUGGCGUUGGACGUACGCUCCAAGACGUUGGCCCUGGUUGACUGUGGCGCCAACAUAAUGCUGUGGUGGCGCUGCCUGGAUGGGGCUGUUUACACUGUUUAUCAGAUGAGUCUAGCGGUCCACGAAGGCAAAGCUGCAACCAAACGGGACACUAAUGAUACUUGGGUAAGAGGAGGGUCCCAGGACAGCAUCUGCCAGAGGCCAUACCGUGUUGUCCACACCACCAAUGGGAAUUCUGCCGGCAAUCCCUGUGCGUUCCCCUUCAAAUACAACAGCAGCUGGCAUCACGGAUGCCUCCCUGACACAGAUUUCCCUGGGCUGUCCUGGUGUGCCACCUCUUCGGACUAUGACCAAGACAGAAAAAAGGGACACUGUCUAACACCUGAGGAGGGAUGCCAGACUCUGUUUGCUGGGCCAGAAGGGGAAUUCUGUUACGAGUUUGUUUCCAGUGCCACGGUGACCUGGCAGGAAGCUUUGGAUUCAUGUCGUAGUCAGGGAGCUGAUCUGUUCAGUGUGUCUGGGCCCGAAGAUCUCCACUCCAAAACCUUAUUGGAUGGCCUCGACAGAAUGCCCGAGAGGAUGUGGAUCGGCCUUCACCAGUUAGACAUGUCUCAGGGCUGGCAGUGGUCAGAUGGCUCCCCUCUCUCCUUCCUGCGCUGGGAAAAAGGAAUGCCACCCACCUCCACAAUUAUCGAGUCUGACUGUGGAGUCAUGAACUCCAAACAGAACUUUGAAUCUGAGGCAUGCAACAAACGGCUGCCAUACAUCUGCAAGAAGAGUGUCAAUACCUCUCGCACAGAAACAACAGAGUCUUUUGCAUAUAAAGAAACAGUGUGUGUGGAUGGUUGGGUCCCAUGGAAUGGCUGGUGUUACAAGUUAAUGAAGGAAGAGCCUCGAACCUUUACAGACGCCCAGCAGCACUGUAACAAAACAGCGGGAGGACAAGAGGGCUUUCUGGCCAGCCUCCACUCCAUUGACAGCAAAGAGAUGAUCAGCACUAAUUUCCAUGCAGAUGGACAGUUUUUGGAUGUAUGGAUCGGUCUGAACGGUAUUGGACUGAACCCUACGGUCUUCAAAUGGAUCGACCAGGCACCCGUCACCUUCACCUACUGGGGACCAAACAAACCAGUCCAGCCCACUCAGGAUACCAGCUGCGUCUUCUACUCUGGAGAGUCUCAUGGUUGGCAGGUUGGGAACUGUACACAGAGACUACCUUUUAUGUGUCAGACAAAAGGACAGGUCAGGGAAUCAGUGACACAGACUGGAUGUCGCUUUGAAGAUGGUUGGAGGAGACACAGCAACUCCUGCUAUCAAGUGAAAACCCAACAAGUAUCCUUCAAAGAUCACUGUAACAUCACUAUAAGAAACAGGUUUGAGCAGGCCUUUAUCAGCCGUCUACUUGGGGAACACAUCGGCAAGGAACCUCAGUAUUUUUGGAUAGGCCUGCAGGACAUUAAGAACACAGGAGAAUACCAGUGGCUGAGCCAGGACGGGUCCCCGGGUUUGGUUACAUACACCAACUGGGGUUGGUUUGAACCAGAUCGGCAUGGAGGUUGUGCAGUGAUUUCUACCGCACCACAACUGGGCAAGUGGGAGGUGAAGAACUGUACCAUUUUUAAGGCAGGCACCAUUUGUAGAACAGACCUCAAUCCACCUCCGCCCCCAGAACCAGAGCCGAACCUCAUCGGAACCUGUCCUAAUGGAUGGGUGUCCAGACCAAACAUCAAAUACUGCUACAAGGUGUUUCAUGAGGAGAGGCUGAGCAGGAAGCGCUCCUGGGAGGAAGCUGAGAGGUUCUGUCAGGCUCUGGGAGCCAGCCUGCCCAGCUUCACAAAUAUUGUUGAGAUGAGGGCCCUGCACAGCAUCAUUAGAGAAACCAUCAGUGAUAAUCGGUACUUCUGGGUUGGCCUGAACAGGAGAAACCCAUCCGAUCGCUCCUGGGAGUGGAGUGAUGGCCGGCCUGUAUCUAUGGAUGUUUUACACCAUGAUUUCCAUGAGGAUGAUGCAUACAGUCGGGACUGCACUGCAUUCAAGACAACGAAGAGAACCUUGAAACACCUCUUUGUGUUUCUGCACCAUGACUUACCUCCCACACCUUUCUACGCCACACCAUUUCAUUGUGAUGCCAGGCUAGAGUGGGUCUGCCAAAUACCCCGUGGAAAGACACCAAAAAACCCAGACUGGUACAAUCCCGGUGGGCACCAUGAGACCUCUAUCUUCGUAGAUGGAGCAGAGUUUUGGUUUGUUCAGGAGCCUAAGCUAACUUUUGAGGAGGCAAAGCUCUUUUGCAACGCGAAUGACAGCAAACUGGCCGUACCAGCUAGCUCAACUGCUGCCAUGCAGGUCCACCAGUACCUGAAAAACAUAUCAAGUUCUCCUAAGCAAAACUGGUGGGUCGAUUUGAAAGAGCCUGGGCGGAUAUUCCCCAUGACGUACACCCAGAUGUACUUUCACAAUUCAGUUUUUCUGGGCAAAUGCAUCUCCAUCAGUCCUGAAAACAUCUUUCCUGAUCAUGAACUCAGUUGCCGGCAGCGAUUGUCCUUUGUGUGUGAGAGACACAACAUCACGUCAGUGGAGAUAAGCCCUCUGGAGCCUCAGCCUGGAGGACUGCCCUGUGGAAAUGGCUCUCUGUCCUUCAGAAAUAAGUGCUACACACUGAUGACGGACAUAAAGCCUGUGUCAUUCAGGAAUGCCAAUGAGGAAUGCCAGUCAGUGAAAGGAACCCUGGUCACUAUAUCGGAUCAGGUGGAGCAAGACUUCAUCACCACACUUCUGCCGAACAUGAGGAACAUGGAAAGCAUAUGGAUUGGUCUGAAAAUCAAACGAAACAAUCCUGAAUGGACGGACCAGUCCCCAGUUAACUACCUCAACUUUAACCCCCUGCUUCUGGGCAUGUACAAGGCUAUACAUAUCAAUACAUGGGAUCUGGAGAGUAUUGAUUUGUGUGUGUUUUUGAUCAAUAACCCCAACUCUGCCAUGCUGGGUACCUGGGACUAUUCUUCCUGCACGCAUAACCAAAAUUUGGCCAUUUGCCAACACUAUGCAGAUAAAGUAGAGGAGCCCCACAUCCACACAGAGCCUUUCCACGUCAAUAACCACACCAUCCAGCUGCUUGUCAAAAAUCUCACCUGGUUUGAGGCCUUAGAGCAGUGCAGAAGUAAUAAAAUGGACCUGGCAAGCGUGGCCGACACCUUCCUCCAGUCCACCCUCACUGUGCAUGUGAGCCGUGCGCGCACUCCCAUGUGGAUCGGCCUCUUCAGUGAUGAUGAUGGGGUCCACUACCGCUGGACGGACCACAGUCACACUCUAUUCAGUCGGUGGUCUUCGGAUGUCACCAGUGGCUCCUGUGUCUACCUGGACACCGAUGGCUUCUGGAAAGCCACCGAGUGUGAGGAGGAGCUAGGAGGCGCUAUAUGCCACAAACCACACAAAGAGAUCAUCACCAGACCAGAGGAUGUUGUAGUGAAGUGCCCCCAUAAGAUUAAUGGUCCAAACUGGAUCCCCUUCAAGAACAACUGCUACUCCUUCCAGCUGGUCGCCUCCAGAUGGGAACAUUUUGACCAAGGACAGAUUCAUGAUACCUGCAAAAAAAUUUAUCCAAGUGCAGACAUCCUAACUAUCCGAAAUGCAGAGGAGAAUGAGUUUAUCAAGCAGCAACUCCUACCUUUUCAAACCUUGGCCCAGUUUGUAUGGCUGGGGCUGUUUAAAAAUGACAGCGAUAACCAGAUGAAGUGGUACGAUGGCACAUAUGUCCAAUACUCCAACUGGGCAAAAGGCAGACCAAAUGUAAACGGAUCAUUUUUGGCUGGUCUCACUACAGACGGCAACUGGCUUCUCAUUUCAAAUAAAAACCUUUUUGCAGAGUUCAAACAGAGGACCAUUGUGACCUGCAAACUGGACCAUGAACCAAAACAGAAGUACAACCAGUCAUCCGCUGAUUUUCAACGCUACGGUGACUUAACUUACACGGUUUUGAACCGUACGUUGAGUUGGUACCAGGCACUGGAAGAGUGUGGUCAUCGUGGAGGCCACCUGGCAAGUGUCCAUGACAUCCAGCAAGAUGAACAUGUGAAGCUCAUUGCCAAGACAGAUGGCUUCCCACUCUGGAUUGGACUUUCAAAUCAGGACGUUAGCGGCUCAUCCUAUGAAUGGUCUGAUGGAACAAGAUUUGACCACAAAACAACCAUCGCUGACUCAAAGGAGGACUCCAGCUCUGACAAACAAGAGACCAGCUGUUUUUUUGUAACCCCUGCUGGAGCCUGGGUGAAGACCAGCUGCAAUGUAUUGGUAGACGGAGCCAUCUGCUACACCACCACCAUCACCACCACUUCCGAGAGAGCCCAGCUGCAUGUUGCCCCCGAGGCCAAUCACUGCCCUCAGAGCAACGGUAUGCCCAUCGGUAUGUCCAAGUGGGUGCAGCAUCAGGAUCACUGUUACGCCUUCGACAUGAGCUUCUACAACUACAGCGUCUACAGCAUGGAGCGCGCCCAGAGUAUCUGUCAGAGCAUGGAUGCGGAACUGCUGACCAUAAAAACUAAAAAGGAAAACGACUUUGUGUCAAAGUACAUUUCUGAUCACCCUCUCAUCACCAGUCGUGUAUGGCUCGGCAUGGCCUUGGAUACUCAAGGUCAGCCUGUAUCCUGGCAGGAUGGCUCAGCUCUGGCGUUUUCUAACUGGAAGUCUGAAGCCUUGGCUACUGGGAAGAAAUUCGCGCCCCACUGUGCCGUCAUGCUGGCUGGAGAUGAGGGAAUCUGGAAUUUUGUCAGCUGCGAGGCUAGCUACAGUCGUGUUGUCUGCAAAACUGAUGCAAAGUCUGCAGGCUCUCCUGUGGCGCUGGGUCUCUUCAUCAUUAUCCUCCUCACUCUCCUCUCAGUCAUCGGCUUUGUCGUCUAUAAGAAGAAGAGAGCCCACCUCUCCUCUACAGUCCGCUACAAGAGGACCUUUGAUGAGUCAGACACCACCAGUAUUGUAACAGAUACUGACUGAGCUUGCUUAAGUAAUCAGCCUCAGGGAGUAUUGAAGUGCCUGCCUUGUGUGCAUUUUAGUACUUUUAAGCAAGAAAAGAGGCAGCCUUCCCCUUUUUUAAAUUAUUUAUUUGUGCUGCUCAAGUUAGCAAACUUAAUUGAAACUGUAAAUAUUGUUUGUGAAUAUCUGCCAUUUCAGUUUCUUAAUUUGGGUUAUUUUAGAUCCUUGUGAUAUACCUAAUGUAAAUACUCAAGCCAAUUCUUUUUGGUGAAUGUUGAUCAUUGAUAUUAAUGGGAUGGUUCAAUAACUUUAGUGUGUUUUUUUUUUUUUUUUAGAUUGUAAAGAGAUUUUGAGUUGAUUUAUAGAAAUAUGCAACCCGACAAAAUCUGUUUUACACUCCCGUUAAGCCUUAAAAGGUGAAAUUGCACUGAUGUAUGAGUGACUUCAAACCAUCAAAAACAAACUGCAGUUAUUUAUUUAUACUGUAUAUACCAUUUAUACAAUCCGUUCCAAAUUCAUUUUUCAGCUUCAGAAGGUUUGAUAACACAGUCAUAGACUUUUAAAAGGGAAAGCCCGAAAAUACAGUGAAACCUAUUUUUGUUUGACUCCAAGUGUUAUCCAAAUAUUUUCUCCUUUAAAUACUCACAAUAAUGCCCAGACCUCACUGUGAACAGCUGUAGAAGUAGUUUUCUACCAAAGUAUGGCCUAUAGCUGUCUACAAGCAAAAGGAAGAAACUGAGGUCUUUGGAUCUUGUGUAAAAGUUUACUUAUAUUUGAUGAGAAAAACUAUCUGUAGUGAAAGAGUACACUCUGGUCAAGAAAAUAAUUUUUAUUUUUGGAUGGACUGCACCUUUAAAAUAAGCAGAAACAUUUUCCAUGGAUGACAAUCUCACUGAUUGUGCCUUUUAACAUCAUGACUUAAGAAGAAGUUGGAGUUUUUAAGUCACUGGAUCGGCUAAUUUUUCAUUUAAUUUACUUAUUAGUGUCUACAAAUGUUUUAGUUGUCAGUUUAUAAAUGAUGGAAGAGAAAAUUUUUAAAUUUUAGUUCUGCUGAUCAGCUUUAAAAGAAUAUCGCAGUCUUAGCCUCAAACUGAAUCUGACACCUGUUUAUAUAAUUUCUUUGUUUCUUAGAUCUGAAUCUUCCAUGUACUUAACUACUGAGCAAGAAAGCACUUUAAUAUGUCAUGGAGCUUCACCUACUAUGUUUAAGCACAAUGAGGUUUGAAGAGUUUUUAAAGUUGUUUGAAUUGCACUGGUGUUUGCUGUAAAGGCUUUGUAAAUAGGUGAUGUUUGUUUUAUAACAAGAAUGAACCAAAGAUGCUCUGACUUGUUUGAAUGUCAAUAGCCCGAGUUUUCCUUUCAGUAUGUGGAAAUGCCUCCAUGUGGCUCGUUAACCCAUUCUUGUCAAGGUGUAAACCAAAUGCUACAGGUGUUUUGUCUUUGUUUUUUUUUUGUAACUUUUCCACCGCCCCUAAACAGAUCUAUCGGCUCAAAUCAGGUACGAUAUCAUACCAAUAAAAUUACCUGUCUUCA